AUGAUUCCAAGUAGCUCGUCGAAUGGAGAGGAGGUCGAAGACUGCGACUUGUUGCGCUUCUCCGCUUUUAACAGUAGUGGGUUUUCCACAGGUCUCGGGACCAACGAUGACGCGUGGCAUUUAGUCUUCCCUCGUCCGCUACUGACAUCCGUGAGCAGUGGCACCAAUGCUGAGUGGUCAGCACACUACGCAAGGGCGUUGAGACGUUCUACUUCUGCAAAGGCUUUGGCUAUCAUAGCAAUACGGGAAGUACUUUUCUGGCAAAACCUGUUAAUGGACAAUCUGCGACGUCAUUCAUAUUUGGACAUGUAUAAGUCAGCUCAGCUAGCCGAAUUCUUUGAACAGUUAGGAUGCUUUCUCCGUCGCAUGAGUGAUGUCAGCCGGGAGUUGUGCGUCUUCUGCCGAAACAACAACGAAACCUUUGAAGUUUACUCAAGCCACAAGUUGAAAGAUGAAUUCGGGAGAGUAACAUGCCCGGCUCUGCGAAGGUUUGUGUGUCCUCUCUGCAAGGCUACGGGCGAUGAGGCACAUACCCCUCGCUACUGCAAACGAGGUGGACAUAGACUUGCGUUGGAAACAUCAGAAAUGGGAUUUCAAAUGAGUAUCUUGGACAAUGGGAGUAUUGAUGAAUUCGAAGCAUCAAACCGAUCACUUCUGCGUCCCCUAGCAAUGGACUGGACUUCACAAGAAAUCUCCUUUCUAUCCUUGUAG